AUGGGCCUGCCCCUGCUGCUGCCCCUGCUGCUGCCCCUGCUGCUGCCGCCAGCGUCUCUGCAGGCUGGUGGCUCCGCAAAAUGCACUUCAAACUCUGACUAUGAAGUCAACCAACCAAAGCACCUCUCAGCCCCGCAGGGUGGCUCCAUCGACAUCCCCUUCUCCUUCUGUUUUUCCUGGGAGGUUCCCAAGGAUCCCAGAGUGCGAAUAUCCUGGAGAUGGAAAGACUUCCAUGGACAGUUCAUCUACAACACAAGCCCGCCUUUCACCCAUGAGGAUUUCAAGAACCGCCUCUUCCUGAACUGGACAAAGGGCCAGAGGAGCGGCUUCCUCCGAAUCUCUAACCUGAGGAAAGAGGAUGAAGCUCAGUACUUCGGCCGAGUCCAGUUGACCACACAGGGACUCCGCGAGAUGUUCUGGCAGUCCAUCGAAGGGACCAAACUCACCAUCACCACAGCCAGUGAGAAAACCACCGAGGGCCCCACCAGCACCCCGACCCUCACCACAGAUGGCCUCGGUGUCUCAAGAGACAAAAGGAGAUCUGGGUUUUGGCCCUUGAGUAUGGAAGCUGUAGUCAGCAUGGCAGUGGCCAGCACUGUGCUCAAAAUCACAAUUUUGGGACUGAUAGUCUACCUCAGGUGGAAGAGAAGCAAAGGUCGCAGAGGCCCCUACAAGAGAACCAGCCUGAUGCAGGUUUUAACUCUUUUCUGCCCAGCCUCUAACACAGUUCCCACCCUUUCCUUCCCAUGCAGGGGAUCCUUCCAUAACACUGAGGAGAAGUAUGAGAACAUUGGGCAUAAAGGACAACAUAGAGACUCCAAGCUGGACCCAAAGGUUGAUGGCAUCCUCUAUGCCUCCCUUGCCCUCUCCAGCCCAACCUCACCAUCAGCACCUCCCAGCCACCAUCUCCACAAGAACCCCCAGGAAGAGACCGUAUACUCUAUCCUAAAGGCCUAA